AUGGCCUUCGGUUCCCGUGCCCGCGGCCUCUGCGCCGCCGCCGCACUCGCCACCGCUGUCGUCGUGUCCCCGGCCGAUGCGUGGGUGCCCCCCAUUAUCACCAAGGGCAACAAGUUCUUCAACUCGGAGACCGGCAUGGAGUUCCGCAUCAAGGGUAUGGCGUACUAUCCGCGCCCCAACAGCGGCGAGAUGGCCGACGUGAGCAACUACGACUGGGCCGCCGACGAGCACGAGGCCGUGUGGAAGCCCCACCUCGAGGUCAUGAAGGACCUCGGCGUCAACACCAUCCGACUGUACUCGGUGGACCCCAGCAAGUCCCAUGACAAGUUCAUGUGCGCGUGCUCCGAUGCGGGCAUCUACGUGCUCGUGGGCAUGACCGCUCCGUGCGAGAACUGCUCGGUGCUCGACUUCAAGCCGCCCAAGUGCUACCCGGACGACCUGUUCACGCGCGCGCAGAUGGUCUACAACGCCUUCGCGGUGUACGACAACACGCUCGGUUUCAGUGUCGGUAACGAGAACAACCUCCAGGUGAAGAACGGUGCCGCUGGCACGACCACGGCUCCGUGUGUCAAGGCCUUCCUGCGUGACACGCGCAGUUACGCUGCGAGCUGCUCGGGCUCCGUGCGUCAGGUGCCGAUCGGCCUGGACAUUGCCGACAUCCCUCCUCGUGAGCAGUGGAUCUCGUACUACGACUGCCCCAUUGACGAUGACGAGAACACCCGUGCCGAAUGGAUGGGCUUCAACCCGUACGUCGAGUGCGACCCCGCCACGCACCUGGAGUACUCGCAGUCGACGGGUCUCAAGAAGCUCAUGUCCGAGUACGCCGAGGUCGGCUACGCUCGCCCGCUCAUGUUCGGCGAGUUCGGAUGCAACAAGGGCAAGAACACUGUCGAGGGCUACGAGAACCAGCGCUCGUUCCUCGAUGCCAAGUGGAUGAACGAGGAGAAGGAGAUGACGGUCGAGAUCGUGGGCGGCAACGUCUUCGAGUUCACGACGGAGAUCGCCAACCUGGUCGAGAGCAAGACCCUGACCAAGACCGGCGACGCAGGCAAGUACGGCGUCGGCUACUUCAUGCCGGAAGACUGCGACAACGAGCUCACCGAGUGCGUCUUCACGCCCUACCCGGAGUACGACAACCUGAAGAAGGCAUACACGACCACGAAGAACUCCACGGUCGAGCACGACAGCUACACGCCGACGCGCACCGCUAUCCUGGAGUGCUCGAAGAACAUUUCGAGCGAGCUGCCGCCUACGCCCAAGGUCCCCAUUCUGGAGUGCACCAUCACGCAGCCCGUUUGCAACGGCAUCAAGGGCAACAGCUACGAGCACCACUCCACGGGCACCGCCGUCGGUGAGAAGCGAACGCCCACGAACGAGGAGAGCAGCAGCGCGUCCAUUACGGACGCCACCACUGGCAGCAGCGGCGCCAGUGCCACGGCGUCUGCCGCGGCGUUCGUUCUGUCGGUGGCCACGGUGGCGGCCACUGCCAUGUCGCUCUUCUAG